GCUGUAAUCGUGAUAAACCUCCGUGCAAAUAUUUUCAUCCACCACAACAUUUGAAGGAUCAAUUAUUGAUAAAUGGCCGAAACCAUCUUGCCUUGAAAAACGCAUUGAUGCAACAGAUGGGUAUUGCACCCGGUCAACCCGUUAUACCGGGACAAGUGCCAGCAGUGGCCACAAAUCCUUACUUGACUGGUAUACCAGCCAACACAUACAGUCCAUAUUUUGCGCCCGGACACUUAGUGCCUGCAUUAUUAGGACCAGAUCCCUCAGCAGUCGCUUCACAGUUGGGUCCAGUUGUACCACAAGCUGUACAAGUGGCACAACAAAAAAUUCCCAGAUCCGACAGAUUAGAGGUUUGUCGCGAAUUUAUGCGCGGCGCCUGCAAGCGAGCCGAAUCGGAAUGUCGUUUUGCGCACCCGCAGGAGAGUGUUGCCAGACACGAUGAUGGUUCCAUCACGGUGUGCAUGGAUGCCGUGAAGGGAAGAUGCGCACGUGAUCCUUGUCGCUAUUUUCAUCCUCCCCUGCACCUACAGGCACAAUUAAAAGCGGCGCAAUCACGCGCUACUGCUGUUGCUGCAGCUGCUGCGACUGCAUCAGUUAAUGCCGCCACACUGACACAUCAUCCUACCGCCAUCCCAACGCCCGUCGCUGCUGCACAUCCAGCACACACAGCAGCACCGCCAACAGCAGUUGCCAUUAGCCAGCAUCAAUUGGAGAUGGGCAAGAAACGCGCAGCCGAAAAUGAUAUGUUUCAACUGAUGGAUGUUAAAACGGUUGGUUCAUUUUACUAUGAAAAUUUCGCUUUCUCUGGCAUGGUACCAUAUAAGCGGCCUGCUGCUGAAAAAUCAGGCAUUCCAGUGUAUCAACCCGGUGCGACCACAUACCAACAGUUAAUGCAAUUGCAGCAACCUUUCGUACCAGUGUCAUGUGAGUACCAAUCUCAAAAUACUACAAGUACUACUAUCAAUUGUACAACUACUACUGCUGCUGCUGCUAGUGCUACUACAGCAACAACAACAAUAUGUGCUAAUACCACACCACAAGUACUACUACCACCACCACCACCACAACCACCCAUGUCCAUGUCCAUAUCCAAUACCUCUAUGGCAAAUCAAAAUUAUCAUAUUAAUAGCGCUAAUCUAAAUAAUCAGAGUAAUAUUAAUAAUAAUAGUAAUAAUAAUUUGACAACAACCACAACAACUGCUACUGCAGCAACUAUUAGUAAUUAUUUAAUGACAAAUAGUAGUAGUAAUAUACAGGGUAGUAACAGUAAUAGUUUGACGUAUUACAACAACAAUAACAAUAAUAAUAAUUUGUCUUAUGUAAAUAAAAAUAAUUAUUUAAGUAAUAAAUUAGCCACAACUGCAACAACAAGUAAUAAUAUUGCUACUUCUGCCGCUGCUAUUACUUCUCUAACAACAACAGCAACUUCAACAGCUGAUAUGUCUGCUAGUAACUUAGAUACGAUCAAUUCUAGUAACAAUAGUAACAAUAUUGGUAGCAGUAAUUCUAAAAAUUUGAACUCAAUUACUUUGAACGGUAAUAGUGAUAGCAACAACAACACCAACAGCAGCAGUAAUGAUAAUUGUAGUACUAACAAUAAUAAUAGCAUCAGUAAUAGUAACAACAACAGCACAGCUUCUACUAACACAUAUGAAUACAAUGACGAGAACGAUGCCAUUGCAAAUGCAAGUCACUCACCACUCAUACACACCCCCACUGAUCAUGCACAAAGCGAUAACGAACACGAAUCCAUUGCACACAGUCCCAACACGCCAAAUGGCACAAAUUUUUCAAGCUCUCUGACUGCAAACGCUACCACUAACUCCUCACUUCUCGCUAGCAAUGCAUGCGAAUCACCUACAAAUACCAUUGUCACAACUUAUAAUGCGAAGGUAAAUAGUGAGCCAACGAUCAUACCAAGUACCGUCGCUAUGAACGGUGACGCCCUAGGAAAUGCUCCCAGUUAUAGCACUAGCAGUGUAAUUACUCCCGGUGUCGGUAUAUUGCCCACACCAACUACUUCUGUUGUGACCAAUGCUUAUCAGGCACAACAAAAUAUGCAACGCUUAUACAAUACUUACGCAGCUGCACCAACCUCCUAUGGCAGCUAUAUGGCUGCACAUAGCUACGGUGCCACACCCGCCUCUAGCACUGCACAUACCUCACAAGCAAUUACAAACGCUCAAUACCAAUAUGCAGUAAGCGCCGCAGCUUCUGGUGGCGUUACAAUUCCUACUUUCACGUAUCCCAAUCCUUACACCGCAGUAGCAGCACCAGCCGCUGCUACUAGCGGGUACUACACUGAUGCAGCCACUCUAGCCAAGGAAGUUGCGCAAAAGAAUUACGCAAACGCCGUCAAACUGGCUGCCGCCACAAACCAUAACCUAACCGGCAAACCACUAACAGCCGCCGCCUAUACUGGCAUGUCUCUCAAUAAGUGCAUGACAGCAGUGCCCGCAACUGCUGCAACACAACAGCAAUUCACACAUCAUGCACUUCUACAGGCUCAUCAAGCGCAUCAAGCGCACCAAGCACAACAACAGGCUUGUUUGCUCGCUGCACAACGUGAGGCAGCGGCAGUGGCAGCUGCUACCCAAAUGCGUGCUUUAAGUUCUCUACCUGGAUCAAGUGUUCCAACACCUGUUGGCACGCCAGUCCAUACAGCCACACCUACGGCCGGUCUUUUACCACGUCCCGCAACGGCUGGUUAUAUACAAGCUUCUAAUGCUGCCGCUGCUGCUGCAGCUGCUGCUGGUAUGAUGCGACCACAAGCAGUUGCUAUGCAAGCUACGGCCAGUCCACAAUUUGCUGCUAUGCCCCAACAGCAAGGCUUCUUCUAUCCCGGCAUGAUGCCAGCGACAGCCGCAGCCUAUCCUUUCGCUGCCAUGGGCAGUAUGGCAGGCGUAAUGCCAGCUGGUAUGCAAGCCGCCAUGGCCGCGCCAGGCACUGCAAGCGCAACCAGUGCUAUGGUACUUAAUCCUUAUAAAAAAAUGAAAACUUCUUAAACGUUUUACUGAAACCGUAAGGCUCUUCAGUAGAACUCCUCGCGCUAAGCCGCAUAUUUAUGUUUUUGAGAAAUACAUGACAAAACUUUAUAUUUGAGCCAGAAAAGUAUAGAUUUUUACUUUUUGACUUUAAAUUAGAUAUAUUAUAAGUAAUUUUAGUUUUGUUGUACUUAAAUUUUUAAAGCCACUAUGGAUUCGUUAUUGUAUUUUAGUAAUUUAAACCUUGAUUGUGCCUAGUUUUCAUAGAACUUAACUUUUAACCCUAGAAAAUCUAUAAAAAUACUUAAGAACAGCUUUAGAGAAGAAAGAUUCAUCUAGCAAGCGCUAACGUAUUUAACAGCUUUUACUUUUAUUUUUUCUAUAUUUACAUAAAAGCUCUCGCUCUGAAUUUCAUCCCUUCAAGUCCUUGCUUUUCGAGUGAUGAUGGACCAUGCAUGCUUUAAGCUUACAAAAUGUUUACUAACAAAUUUGUGUGAUCGUUUGUACAUUGUAAAUAGUGUAAAGAUAAUAAAGUCUAUGUAGAAGGAAGAUUAUGUAAAUUACUACAACCGAUGUACUUAAUAAUAUUAUAAUGAUAAUAAGCUUGGCUUAGAGCUUUGCAAUGCCAAAACUUGCUAAACUUCAAAGCUUUCAUAACGCUACAUACACUCGUUUACGUGUAUUUUUGCCUGCCUAUUCUUCGCCCUUACGUUAAUUAUAUUUUUGUGGUAGUCUAAAAUAGUUUAAAUUAAAUUAAGUAAACGGAAUUAUGUAUAAUUAUUAAGUGUAAAAACUCUUUCAAAGAGCUUUCAAGC